CUAAAGAUGAAGUUCAUCUUACAAAGUGUUAGUUGCCUUCUUGUACUUCCGGCUUUCACCUUCGCCUUAACUGCCCAUUGGUUAGAACCGAACACGGAAUCGAUUUAUACCGUUCAGCAGGAGUGUGCUGACUAUCUUCGGUUAACGGACGAAGCGGUCCAACAGCUGACCGGAUUUGGCUACGCAGAUACGCCCGGUGUGCGUGAGCUCACGCACUGCAUUCUGGUCGCCCUCAAUGCCUGGGGUGAUGACAACUUGCCGAAGACACAUGUGAUCAAAAACUUUUUUCUGCCUGCCGAAUCGGAUAGUUGUUACGAAAAUCGGACGCAGGAAUGUUUAGACAAAUCAGUGAAAAGUUUGUCGCCGCAUGACAUUCUAGGUCGUGCGUACCAUUCGUUCCGGUGUUAUUACUACCACUACGGUCAUAUCGUGGAGGAAGAACAAUUCGUGCCAUUUCGCGAUUUCACCCUGCAUCAAUUUAUAGCGGAAUCCUUCGCCAUAGAGAAUAUAUCCAAGGACGAAUUACAAAAGAUUUCUGAUGGUGAUUUUUUCGACGUUAAAAAGUUCCCAAACAUCGUUUUCACAUAUGCCGUUCGUGCCGGCUUUUACGACCCCGAAAGUGGUCCGAUUAUUGACCGGAUUUACACUCAGUUCGGGCUUCCAGAAAUCGUCAGCGAAAACACUCGCAACUGUGUCUGUGCAGUUCGGCAGCAGCACUUUGGGGAACCAACUCGAACGUACGAACUAUUCAAACAGUGCUUCGCAAACAUUCUGCCGACGCCGGAUUUAUUGCGAAGUGUGGCACAGGGACUGCUGGAAUCGUCUCCUUCGGAAGCCACUUGCAACGUUUGUGGAGCAACCACUUCGGCACCCCAUUAUGGAUACGGAUCUUCAAGCGUUACUUGCAGCGUUUGCGAUAAAAGUAAUGAGAUAAUACACACUAAACUGCCGCCCCGUUACAAUAUAAAGUACUGA